GUGGGCCUUGUGUGCGCAGGUGGACCAGGAGAGCGGGGAAUCCCCGCUGCCGCCCGGCGCCAUGGAGGGCAGCGGCCGGGGCGACCCGGGGAUGCCGCCCUUCCCGCCCCCGCCGCCCGGCCCCGACGGCGAGUUCUCGUUGCGGGGACCUAAGGGAGAGAAGGGUGAGAAGGGCGAACGGGGCCCCAAGGGGUCGCCCGGCGAGGCGAUGCGCGGGCCCCCCGGUCCCCCGGGCCCCCCAGGGCCGCCGGGGCCCCCCUUCUCCAGCAGCAGCGACCGCAGCGCCGACCGCGGCUACGAGUUCGGCUCCGGCGAGGGCCUGAGCUCGUAUAGGCACCAGCUGGGCGCCGGGGGGCUGCAGGGGCCGCCGGGGCCGCCGGGGGUGUGCUCCUGCAACCUCACCACACUCCUCACCAACAUUGAGCUGCCCAACGCCAUCCCGGGGCCGCCCGGGCUGCCGGGCGUGGACGGGAAGGCGGGCCCGCCGGGCACAUCCGGGCUGCCGGGCCCGCCAGGGGAGCGUGGGCCGCCAGGACCUCGAGGGGAGAAGGGCGAGCGAGGAGACGGCGGCGCGCCGGGCCCCGAGGGCCUGCAGGGCUCCAAAGGCGAGCCCGGCCGUGACGGGAUGCCAGGCACUCCCGGCACACCUGGACCUCCGGGGCCACCCGGCAAGUCGGAGUUCGCCAACUACGACCCAAGCUGGAAAUCGAGGACGAGCGUGUACAAGGAGCUGGGCUCGGGCUUCGGGCCGUCGCUGGGCCGGCCCGGGUCGCCGGGCGCCAAAGGCGAGCCCGGGAUGUCUGGCGCGCCGGGGCUGCCUGGCGCCAAGGGCGAGCACGGCACCAAGGGCGAGCGAGGCGACCUGGGCCAGAAGGGCGCUAAGGGGGACAGGGGUCACGAGGGCCACCCGGGCGCGCAGGGCUUCAAGGGCGAGCCCGGCCGGGCCGGCGUGGAUGGGCUGCCGGGCAUCCCUGGAGAGAACGGACGCGACGGAAGCAAAGGGCAGAAAGGCGAGGCGGGCGACCCUGGCAAGCCGGGCCCCCCUGGGCCGCCGGGGGCGCCGGGGCCCCUCAGCGCCCUGUACCCCGGCGGCGAGGACGCAGAGCUGAGCGGAUCCGGCGCGGGCCCAGUGCGCGGAGGGCUCAAGGGCGAGCCGGGCCUGACGGGCCCGCAGGGCGAGAAGGGCGACCCAGGACACAAGGGCGAGAAGGGCGACCGAGGGGCAGAUGGACUGCCGGGCAUCCCCGGCGUACCUGGACAGCAGGGCAGCCUGGGCGAGAAGGGCGAGCCGGGGGCGUCGGGCCCGGGGGGCCCCCAGGGACCCCCAGGCACGAAGGGCGAGCGCGGCGAGCGGGGCCCGCCGGGCCCCACCACCAUCGCGGCGGCCGACGGCGAGUUCUUCACCGUCAAGGGCGAGAAGGGCGAGCACGGCAAGCGCGGGCGCAGGGGCAAGCCCGGCCCGCCCGGACCGGUGGGGCCGCCGGGCAAGCCCGGCACCGUUGGCGAGAUGGGCAUGCCGGGCUGGGCGAAAUCUUAUUUUCUAGGGUACACCAGGACGGCCGGGACCUCAAGGCAUUCCUGGAGUUAAAGGCGAUAAAGGUGAUCCAGGAGAAGUUUUCUACGACUCAGGCCGCAAGGGCGAACGGGGCGAGCGGGGCCCCCCGGGCGAGGCGAUCGUCGGCCCCCCCGGGCCCCCGGGCCCCCCAGGGCAGCCCGGGCCCCCCGGCGUGCCCGGCAUCCCGGGCUCCGGCAUGGGCGGCGUCGCCGACGGCACCGUGCAGUUCGUGCCCGUGGCCGGGCCGCCUGGACCUCCGGGCCCGCCGGGACCGCCGGGCGUGUCGGUGGUGGGCGAGAAGGGCGAAAAGGGCGAGCCGGGCGGCCGCAGCCACGUGUUCGGCGACCUGUCUCCCGUCGGCCGGCCAGGAGCUCGCGGCGGUGCCCUCGAGGAGCUGAAGGCCCUGCGCGAGCUCACCUCGCUCAAGGGCCACAAGGGAUUCCACUCGCAAGGUCCUCCGGCGCCCGCCGGGCGCGUGCCACCGCAGCCGGACCCGGCCUCCAAGAUCGUCCCCGGCGCCGUCACCUUCGAGAGCAGGGAAGCCAUGACGCGGAUGUCUGAGAUGAGUCCAGUGGGUACUCUGGCCUAUGUCAUCGACGAGGAGGCCUUGCUCGUGCGAGUGAACAAUGGAUGGCAAUACAUUGCGCUGGGAUCCCUAUUGCCGAUCACAACGCAACCUCCACCCACAACUACACCGCAGCCAGUCAAGAUGCCUUUCGAGUCCUCGAAUCUCGUCAAUAAACAACCUAUAGCCUUGGAUGGCCCAAGCCUACGCAUGGCAGCACUUAAUGAACCAUGGACCGGAGACAUGCAUGGUGUCCGAGGUGCUGAUUACAAUUGCUAUAGACAAGCAAGAAGAGCUGGACUACGAGGCACUUUCCGUGCUUUCCUCUCAUCUCGAGUUCAGAAUCUUGACUCAAUUGUUCGAUUUACUGACCGUGAUCUUCCUGUUGUUAAUACUAAGCAAAAUGAUGAUGAUGAUGACGAUGACGAUGAUGAUGAUAAUGUUAUCAUUAAGAACAGACAUUGCCAUAGGACCCAGAAGAUUGUCUGGCAUGGUUCGCAUCUACUGGGAGAGAGAGCAAUGGACACGUACUGUGAUGCCUGGCAUUCAAGCAGCACUGACAAAGUGGGACUUGCUUCUAGUCUGCUCAAAAACAAGCUUCUGGACCAAGAACGGUUUUCCUGUAAUAACCGCUUUGCCGUGCUCUGCAUUGAAGCUACCAGUCAAAUGGCUCGCCGACGCCGAAGAAGGCAGGCUGACAACACUUCACUACCAGGAGAUGAUGUUCUCUUGGCCGAGGAAGAUUAUCACGAGCUCCUGCAAGAUAUUGCCCUUGAUAUGGAAGAGAAGUAAAAAAAGACAAAACUUGAUACAAGGUCAUUGACGCUCUUUCUUGUUUUUAUGCAUGUACUGUACUUAAUUACUUCCCUGUGCUCUUCAUAUACAGUCUCGUGUCUCUUCUGUGUAAAAUCGGGUAGACAAAUCAUACAUGCUUUCCGAAGACGUGCAGUUCAUCAGGUUUGGAGACCUUCAAAUAUGGCAUGUUCGUUCACAUUAAUAAAUGUAUUCUAUAUUUCAGUCAGGCUCUUACUGUCAAUUGAGAAAAAUUAUAAUGAAAAUUUUCAACUUUAUACUGGGUGUAGUGUUCGUAUUAUUUUCUUGUGCAUUGAUUCUUGAACAAACUGUUGAAGUUUGCAUUUCCAUCAAAAUAAAUGCCAUUUAUUCCCUACUACAAAAUUGAAUAUACUAACUAUUGUUUCCUUUAACUUUGUGAAAAUGUUGCCUUCCAACUUCAUUUAUAUCAAUAAUUGUCAAAAAUGUUCAAGAAUUUUUAAGAUCAACAUAUUAUUUAUAAAUAACAGUGUAUAUGUACACUACACUUGAGCAGACAGAUUACAAUUUUUAUUCUACAACUCUUCUUCUAUAUUUACUCUAUCUGUACUUUGUAAAAGCAAGAGACUGCAUUAUUAACAAGAGAAGUGAAAGAUGAUUCAAUCAUAAGAUAUGAUACAAGCAAUGAUUCACAGCAUUUAGUGUGCUACCACUGCUUAGAUGGAUUUUGUUUAGGACACUUUGCAAUCAUAUUUGAUGCAAAAGUCAUUACAAGAUGGACAAAGAUACCAGUUACCAAACAACAGAAUCAGUACUUGUGGUUUUACACUUAUUGUUUAGCGUGUUGACCAGCGUAAGCUGAAAAUCGAAUGGGAAUUUGAGCCACAUUUAUGUUGUUGGCACAAGUGGCUGAUUGAUUUUCUGUUGUCAUUGUAGAUGGUCUGCUUGACUGCAAUGAAAUUUCCUUUGGCGUGUUCAAAGUGUGCCAAUUCUGUGUGUUGGACUUACCCUAUUCAAUAUUCCGGCCGAGUAGUAUGUGCAUACAUGUUGUAUAUUUCAUUGUACCUCUGUGACCAAGUGUUUUUGUUGGCGCAAUGACUGUACUUUGCCAGCAAUCAUCACUUGGUGCUCCAAGUAUAUCUUUUUGAAUGAGUGAGGCAUCAUCCUUCCUCUGUGUACCUAUUGUCGUAUGAGUACCAUUGUUUUGAGUGCAAGAUGGAGAAAUUUACCAUUCUUGUAAAACAGUACUGUAAGUGAUGUAAGUUUUCCAUGUGACAUUAAAUAUACUGUAUUAAGUAAUUUAUUAUGAAAUCAUGUAAUUACCGGGAUCACACGUCAAAGCCGACAUAUGCUUAAAUAGUCCCAAAUUCUAUUCUAACCAGUAGAAAUACAUUAGUUUACUAAGUUCCCAGAAUUUCUUCAGAUUAGGUCCCUGAUCAGUUACUCUCACCUUGUAGGGAAGUGAAGCUUGUAUGUUUGAUGUAUUUAUUUGUGAUAUGCAUAUUUGCAAAGUAAUGAUGAACUAGUAAUGCUUAAUCCACAUUUGUGUUCUCUUUAAAUAAAUGUAAAUUAUUUAUGAUUCUGAAAGUGUUAUUAUAUGUAACCAUCAUGUAUAUUUUCAAGCUAUAGUUAAAAUGUUCAAAUACUGUAAAUGUCAUCUAUAAUUUUUAUUUUAAUUUAUAAAAAAAUCAAUUAUACUUGAUGUGUUCAACAUUUCACUCAAACUUCAAGAUAUCAUGAAAAAGUGCUUUUAUGUUUUUCUUUUAAAAUAAAAUAAAAAUUAUUGUACUAUUGUUUCUUUAUUGUUAUCCUUAGUGAUAUGAAUUGUAAAAGAUUUUCCUAAUAACCGGAUCUUACUUC